CUCCCGUUCCCCAUCUUUUAUGUAUUCCUUUCCGUGUGACCACUUGACAGCACGGGCACGGUCCACUUCAGUUCGGCCUCCACUUUUGACGUCGUCUUGUUCCUUUCCAUUCCUGACGUCCAUCCCGUCACCACCAUGGUCAACUCGGCGCCCCAUACACCACAAUCGUCGCAUCAAUUGGGCAUCGACGACAACAACGACCCCGAUACUCAAGUAUCACCCACACAGCCGGUGUCCUUCUCACGGUCAGUACCCUAAUGGCCGCCGAGUGAUACCACCAUAGCCUCUUGCUGGUGCAUCCCUCCGUCCGUUGGGGUGUCGCUUCUCGCGCUGACUCGCAGUGCGCAGAAGACGAUCAUGGCCGAUCCUAGGUUUUGUUCAUAUCAACCCCCAUCCCCUCCCUCCAUCCCCCGUUGCCCUCUUACCCUCCCCGAUUCAUGCGGUCCUGGGUGCUGUGUAUUUCCCCGAAUGCAUGGCCGAUCCAGUCUCUUUCCUGACGACUGUGGCUUGAAACACGCGUUCUAUGGGUCGAAAGCCAUAAAAACUUGCCAACUCCUACUCGUCAGGCACAUGCCUGCUGAAAGGACUGGGGCUUCUCGGCAGGGCCGCGGGCAGAGACCGGUGCUUAUCCCACUGGUGUCUGCUGUCUUGCCUCCCGUUCAUAGAAUUCCUGCCGAUAGCUACAGUCGACACGCGAGAGCGGUGGGGCCGUCCCCUUUCUGCCCACCUCCCCGAUUCGCCGCGGUCCUGGUGCUGUGUAUCCCUCGGGAUGCAUGGCCAGUACCGUUCUUUCCGGUCGAUGCAACUUGAAGCCGUGUGUAUCUACGGUCGAGAAGCCGUCAAAACUUGCCAAGUUCUACUCAUCAGGUGGUGCACAACCUGUUGAAAGGACUGGGGCUUCUCGAUAGGGCCGCGGGCGGAGAUGCUGCAGUUCGUGGUUUCUCUGCUGUCUUGCCUCCCAGUCGUAGUGAACCAAGCCGACAGUUGUAUCUUCACGAGAGAGCGGCAGGGCCGUCCCCUUCUGCCCCCCCUCCAAUUCGCCACGGCCUGACGCCAUAUGUCCAUUUUGGUCUAUGAGCGGUCCAGUCUCUUUCCUGCCGUUUGUAAUUCGAAACACGCGUUCCAUGGGCCGGGAAGCCGUAAAAAUAUGCCAACUCCUACUCAUCAGGUACGCCUGUUGAAAGGACUGGGGCUUCUUUGGCAGGGCCGCGGGUAGAGAGGCUGCUUCCAGGGGCAGUGGCCUUUCUACUGUCUUGCCUCCCGUUCAUGGAAUUCCUGCCGAGAGUUGCAGAUUGACACGCGAGAGCGGCAGGUCGCUCGUUUUCAACUUGCAGUGCCCAAGCUUGCCUGAUACUUCUGACUGACGGCUUGCUUGAUAGUGCCCAUGGGUUCUACGGCGACGACAUAUCGACUGCGUCUGGUGCAGAAAACCAUGACCAAGAUUGCAUGAUAGACCUCGUCGCGCGCCCGGGUCAGGCUAGUUGGGAGGUUGAAGGUCUCGCUCGACACACCCCCGACUUGAAGCUGGAUUGUUUCGUUGACACGACCGACCGGACCGCGUUCUUUUCACUUCGCGGCCAAUGCACCCUCAAGACCGGCACUCCCGCCCAUGUUUCACUGUUUCUGUUCAUCUAUCCGGAAGAUAUUCAGUCCCUGGAAGUAUCAUACACUUCAAGCCCGCUUCCACAUACCGAGGAGCAGGAAGCAGUACCUGAUAUGGACAGGUUCAUCCGUCUGCGCUUCAUCAUGACACAGCCGCCCAGUUUGGUGGCGCCCAAGCAUCGGCCUCUUCAACCAAAACACCGCUCCGAAGCCCUGUUUGAUGCCCUACAAUCCCUGGCUACAGUCAAAGAUAUUUCCUUUUACUUGGAUCCGUCCUCCUUGCCAAUCGAGAUCCAGGCACAGCUGGUCUGUCUCCCAUCUAUCUUUUCGUCUGCCAACAUUCACAGUCGACCAAGAACUCACGUGAAUCGUGCAUCUCUUGUAAGGCUGUACGGCGGUGCUGGCGGGCAGAUUGUCAACCCAAGGACUACGGCAAGCGAAGCCACCCACCAAGAGACGGACGAGGCUGGGCCAACCAAUUCCACGCAUGCCGCCUCUGGUGUGCUUCAAGAUGCUGCGCAAACAUCAACUGCAACGCAGACGCGCAAACGAUCAGCAAGCGCAAGCGGAUUCUUGCCUCCCUACCUCAAUCGCCAUGAUGAACGCGACAUCGCAAGUUCAAGCAACCACCGAUUCGAAUCGGCACAGGAGAACGCUUCCCCGAGUCAGGAGUCAACGCAAUUCUCCCUCACACCGGAUCGAAACGGAAAGCGCCCACGACUCGCAACGCCCUCCGACCUCGACUUGCCCUCUCUCCCGCCCACACCAACUGCUGCCGACUUUUUGGAAGCGUCGACAGACCCUUCAAAGUUUUACACCAUCAGGCAACAGUUCCUCACCCGCAUUGCAGCCCUUGAAACGCGUAACGAACAGCUCCUCACUCGCAACGUGGCCCUUGAAGCGCGCGUCGAACAUUCUUCAAAGCUGGAAGAUUGGUUCAGGCUGGAAGUCCGUCAGCGUGUCGGCGGUGAGGUAACCCGUCAGCUUGACAAGCUGCACCAAAAGACGGGUAGGAAGUGGGAGGAAGAAAUUAGGCAGGAAGUGCGGGAUCAGAUCACCGAGGAUGUGAAGGAGGAACUCUAUGAAGACGCAACGAAGCAGGUGCUGAGGAGGAUGGCGACGGUAUUGGUGGAAGCGGUGGACGGGAGUGGGUGGCUUGUCCCUGGAAGCACUGCUUGUGAAAAUCUUUUGUCGCGUUCCGUCGUGCCUGGUGAAAACGCUCUUUACGCCGCCGUCGCCGAUGUGCAAAAGACCCAUGCUGAGGAGAUGAGUGAGGAGGAGAUGGCUAGGGUGAUGGAUUACCUGGAGCAAAAUCCGCUGAGCGCGGUUAAGUACAACGCUUGUGGGGAGACGAUGAGGAGGUAUUUUGUUGGGCAGUGGAAAGCUGAUACGAGGCGAAGGAGGUCGUGGGGGAUGGCGAGGUGGUAGCCUGGGAAUCGGGGUGCCGAUUACCAGGCCGACAACAACUGGACGACUCUUUGCGACAUCUAAUGAUUAACGACGUUUCCCUCUUUUCCUCAAAAUUGAUGACAUGUCUGAC